UCCACUUCCUGCUUGUGCUGGAGGGAACUUGGAGAAGCCUCUGCUUGGGGGACUUGGGGACCAGUCAUCUCCUCUGUGGCCAUAUGAGCCCUUGUUCUUCUUGAAGGAGCUGAGAGGUACCUGGUGCUGCCAGCUCAUAACACGUUUGUGACAUCCUGUAGGCCUCUCACUCAAGAAGAAAUGGCCCAGAGACGUGAACGUGCACGACAGAGACACGCAGAGAAGCUCGCAGGAGCCCAGGGCCAGGCACCCCAGGCUCCCACCCAGGAUGGAGUGAUGAAACAAGAUGAAACAAGUCCCCAGGGAGAUGAGCCAAAAGGUGAUGAGCCAGAUGUGGCAAGUGUUAGCUCUCGGCCUGUGCCCCAAGAAGAAAGCAGCCAAGAGGCCUUCAUUGCAUUCGCUCGUGUGUUCAGUGGCAGAGCUCGAAGAGGACAGAAGAUUUUUGUCCUGGGACCCAAGUACAGCCCUGUUGAGUUUUUACACCGGGUUCCACUGGGCUUCUCAGCUCCGCUGGAGGACCUGCCUCCUGUCCCCCACAUGGCAUGCUGCACUCUGGAGAACCUGUAUCUUCUGAUGGGAAGGGAGCUGGAAGAUCUGGAGGAAGUGCCCCCAGGAAAUGUGCUGGGUAGGGUGCUGCUGGCGACUCCACUCACUCCAGCCUUGAGGGCUGUCCAGUGCGUCAUUAGGUGUUUAGUGACAUUUUCAAAGAGAAUGCCCUGUCUUUUUCCAUAGUUCCUAAUUUUCUUUUCUGGAGCCUUUCACUUAGUAUAAUUGAGUCACCAGCAUGAGUCAGUAAUUUGGAUAUCUAGUUCAAACAUAUGUGCUCCUUAAGUAAAUGGUGAUGUUCUAUUUUACGUGGGGGUGCCAUUUGUUUGGAAGCUAAAAAGAGAAUUCUUACUCAUAUAAAGUCAGUGUAGAUGACCAGACAUUUCUGGGUCUACAGGUUUGAUUCUAAAUUUUUGGAAGCUGUUGUGUUAUGAUGGUCUGUUUAAACUUGUUCCUUUUUUCCUUACCGCUCCCCACCCGAGUGCUUCUUACUCCCGAGAAUUGCCUCUUUAAAGGGAGCUGAUUGGUAUUCAUUUUUCUGUAAAUGUUGUUCCUUGUCCCUUGCUCGAUUCCUGCACUUCUUGCAGAGUCCAUGGAGGCUCCUAAGGCUGUUCUUGAGGC